AUGAUUACAUCGCGAUCAGUCCUAGCCGCUGCCUCGAGGACUCAGUCCUUCGUUUGUCCGCAAUGCAUCUAUGCCACUACCCGUUUGCACCCGUCAAGCAGUAGUAGCAGCAGCAAGAGAACAUACGCCACCACUCCAUCCCCCACGCCCAUAACCAAUCACCCCUCCAAAAAACCUACCGCCUUCACCGAUAAACUCAACUCGGGCCCAUCAUUCUCUGACUUCGUGUCCACUCCCGAACCACCGCUCUCGGUCUCCGAAUCCCUCGAACUAAACCAAAAACCGCUGACACCGGGACAAAUCAACAGAGCCAAGCACGUCCGUCUACCGACCUGGUUGAAAACCUCGGUUCCAAUCGGUACAAAUUAUAAUAAAAUCAAAAGCGAUCUGAGAGGAUUAAACCUUCAUACUGUCUGCGAAGAAGCGAAAUGUCCGAAUAUUGGGGAUUGUUGGGGUGGGAGUGAUAAAUCUGCUGCUACGGCUACGAUUAUGUUGAUGGGUGAUACUUGUACCAGAGGGUGUAGGUUUUGUAGCGUUAAGACUAAUAGACGACCACCGCCGUUGGAUCCUCAUGAGCCGGAGCAUACUGCUGAGGCGUUGAAGAGGUGGGGGUUGGGGUAUGUGGUUCUUACGUCUGUUGAUAGAGAUGAUUUGGCGGAUGGAGGAGCUUCACAUUUUAGAGAGACGAUUGUGAAGAUUAAGCAGAAAGCACCACAUAUCCUCGUCGAAGCCCUCACCGGCGAUUUCGCCGGAAACCUAGACAUGGUCGCUCGAGUCGCAACCUCAGGUCUAGACGUCUACGCCCACAACGUCGAAACCGUCGAAGCCCUAACCCCCUACGUCCGCGACCGCCGCGCCACCUUCCGUCAAUCCCUCUCCGUCCUCGCUCAUGCCAAACUCUCCCAACCCACAUUAAUCACCAAAACCUCUAUAAUGCUAGGACUAGGCGAACAAGAUUCCGAAGUCCUAGACGCAUUGACGGAAUUAAGAAAAGUCGAUGUCGACGUUGUCACUUUCGGACAGUAUAUGAGACCUACGAAGAGACAUAUGAAGGUUGAGGAGUAUGUUACUCCCGAGAAGUUUGAGUAUUGGAAGGAGAAGGCGGUUGAGAUGGGGUUUUUGUAUGUGGCUAGUGGGCCGUUGGUUAGGAGUUCUUAUAAAGCCGGAGAGGCGUUUAUUGAGAAUGUGCUGAAGAAGAGGAGGGGUGGUGAGAAUAUUGGAGGCAAGUUGAAUAGUGUGGAGAAAGUAGAGGAGCUGAGAGAGGAGAAGGUCGUAUAG